CACACACGCUCCCUCACGCCACACGCAGGCAGGCGGUGUGUGUGUGUGUUGCUGCGUGGGCUCUACAGUGUUCAUUCAGAACUUUGUCAUCGACCACAGUGAAGGUCUGUAAGGAGACCUGAGUGCAGUUGCCAGGUUUGUGAGGAGAAGCAUCAUGAUUGAGCUGGGUCUGGCAGAUGGCAGCCUGAUCGACGAGCUGGUGGAGCUGACGGCACAGAGCCUGAGCCAGCUGGAGAUCAACGAGCACUUCAACGUCGUCAAGGAGAUCGGCCGGGGGAAGUAUGGGAAGGUGCUGCUGGUCACGCAUCGCUGCAGAGGGACUCCCAUGGCACUGAAGGUGAUGCCCAAGGCCUCCACCCGCCUGCUGGCCUUCCUGAGGGAGUACUGCAUCUCCCUGCACCUCUCCUGUCACCCCUGCAUCGUGGGGCUGUUUGGCAUCGCCUUCCAGUCGCACGAUCAUUACGGCUUCGCCCAGGAGCUCGUCAUUGGACGGGACCUGUUCGCUGUCAUCCAACCAAAAGUGGGCAUCCCAGAAGCGUCAGUGAAGCGCUGUGUCCUCCAGAUCUCCAGCGCUCUGGAGUUCAUCCAUGCCUGUGGCCUGGUGCACCGAGACAUCAAGCCUGAGAACAUUCUCCUGCUGGAUCAGCUCUGCUGCCGGGUCAAGCUGGCCGACUUUGGCCUGGCGCAGAAGACAGGCACCCUGAUCCGCUCCAUCACCGGGACGCUGCCCUACAUGUCCCCGGAGCUGUGUGCCCUGGCUCCAGGGGAGGGGGACGGCCAGGCCCAGCCCCUCAGCGUGGAGCCCAGCCUGGACACCUGGGCCCUGGGCGUGGUGCUGUUUUGCAUCCUCACCGGGUACUUCCCCUGGGAGCGCUGCUCUCCCGGAGACGACUUCUACCAGGAGUACGCUGACUGGUGGAGGACGAGGGCGGCGUCGCGAGCCACCAAGAAACAGGAAGAGGAGGCAAGAGGAGAGGGGAAACAGGAAGAGGAGGAGGGAGGAGAGGAAGUCCCGCCCCUCUGGCGGAGGUUCACGCCGGUUGCCAUGGAGAUGUUCGGCCGCCUGAUGGCGCUGGAGGCGGGGCAGAGGUGCGAUGUACAGGAAGUGAAGUUGUACGUGGAGAAGGACUGGAUCAAGGAGGCGUUCGUUAACGGGCAGACGGAUAGCGGAGGGGGCGGGGCUAAUGUUCAGAGCGGGUAGGAGAAGCCCCGCCCACCUGGAGAAGGUGGGGUUUGAGGAGAAACCACCCCACUUCACCCUUCUCCCCCCCCCCCCCCCAUGUAUCUCUCCCCCCUCUCCUCCACUCCCCCACCACAUGGACGGCUAAAGUGAACAAUUUCACACCAGCGUUUUACCCAGACAGCAGUGUAACACGGAUCAACAGGGAUCAGGGAUCAGAGAUCAGAGAUCAGGGAUCAGGGAUCAGGGAUCAGAGAUCAGAGAUCAGAG